CCUCGGUGUAUGUUAUGUAAGCGUCAGACAGGACUUUGGAAAUUCUUGCCCUCUGCCUGUCUGCUGAUAGAGCUGAGCCAGUGCCUGGCAGGGGCAUCAUCUAACAGGCGCAACUGCAGACAAACUCACGGUCCCCCCGACGGAGCCCAGAGACUGUGCAGACAAGGAAACAAACACUAGCCCUGUCCCCUCCUCUUCUCCUCUGGCCUAAGUUUACUCUGACUUCACUCAACAGGCACCUGACCCUCCCAGAUGAGUGGGAGGGGCUUUAGUACACAGGGCCAUGGUAGGGGUGGAGGUACAGGCACUAAAAAUAUUUAAGAUGCUGCCUUGGUGGAACAUUCAGACUUGGGAAGGAAAGUGUUCCAAUACCCACCGAGAUCCAGUUCAGAAACCCUAGCUUUGAGAAAGGCUAAGAAAGUGCACAGAGGAAGGAGAACACCAGGAAGAAGAAAACUGCCACAGUGAGUCAAAAGCUAAGCUCCCACCUCCACUAGGUACAGACUCUAGGAGGAAGACCUGUCCAACAGACGCACAAACAAUGCUGAGGACAACCUGGCUCUGCAUUAUCCUCGUGGCCUUUGUCAGCCACCCGGCAUGGUUGCAGAAGCCUCCUAAACGGAAGGCACAGCUCAAAGCAGCCGCCUGCUGUGAGGAGAUGAAGGAGCUCAAAGCCCAGGUGGCCAAUCUCAGCAGUCUACUGGGCGCACUGAGCAAGAAGCAGGAGAGCGACUGGGUCAGUGUGGUCAUGCAGGUGAUGGAGCUGGAGAGCAGCAGCAAGCGCAUGGAGUCCCGGCUCACAGCUGCUGAGAGCAAGUACUCGGAGAUGAACAACCAGAUCGACAUCAUGCAGCUACAGGCAGCACAGACUGUCACGCAGACCUCAGCAGAUGCCAUCUAUGAUUGCUCCUCCCUCUACCAGAAGAACUAUCGGAUAUCGGGAGUGUACAAGCUUCCUCCUGAUGAGUUCCUGGGCAGCCCGGAGCUAGAGGUGUUCUGUGACAUGGAAACUUCAGGCGGAGGCUGGACCAUCAUCCAGAGGCGCAAGAGUGGCCUUGUCUCCUUCUACCAAGACUGGAAACAGUACAAGGAGGGGUUUGGCAGCAUUCGAGGGGACUUCUGGCUGGGGAAUGAACACAUCCACCGGCUUACCAGGCAGCCAACACGGCUCCGUGUAGAGCUGGAGGACUGGGAGGGCAAUGCACGCUAUGCAGAGUACAGCCACUUUGCACUGGGCAACGAGCUCAACAGCUACCGCCUCUCCCUGGGGAACUACAGUGGCGACGUGGGGAAGGACGCCCUCCUCUAUCAUAACAACACGGUCUUCAGCACCAAGGACAAGGACAAUGAUAACUGCCUGGACAAGUGUGCAGAGCUGCGCAAAGGUGGCUACUGGUACAACUGCUGCACGGAUUCCAAUCUCAAUGGGGUGUACUAUCGCCUGGGGGAGCACAAGAAGCACAUGGAUGGCAUCAGCUGGUAUGGCUGGCACGGAGCCAACUACUCCCUCAAACGGGUGGAAAUGAAGAUCCGUCCAGAAGCCUUCAAGCCCUAACUAAGAGAAGGCUGCUGCAGAACAGUGCCAUGGAAGUGAGGCACGUGGAGGCUGAGGAGGGCAGAGCAGGAUGGGAGGAGGGUAGAGAAAGGGUAGGAAGGGAAUGCCUGUCAUCUUCAAGGAAAAGCCACUCUCUAAGGAGCAUGAUAGAACUUUAUCUGUGCCGUCAACACGAGCACACGCACACACGAUAGAACCACACGCACCCAAAAACCAUAUGCACUAGCAAAUGACGACACAGUCAGACCCAGUGGGGCCUGCCACAGGU